AUGGCUGCCGACUCUCCCGCAGAGUCCCCAGACAACUCGAGUCGCAGCUCUUCCUCGGAAUCCCCUCGGAAUCAUCUGCGACACGCCUCGGUCGCAUCCACCAACUCCGCCGCCCAUAGUGAAAACCCGAUGACCUCCGCCGGCUUUCCCUCGGAGGAUUGGAUGCGUCCCGAACUAUCCUCCGUCAAGGAAGAGUCGCCUUUCACAAUCGAACCGUCUUAUCCUAUACACAAUGGCUUCUCCAUGGAUCCGGACUUGGAAACAAGCAACAAAGCCAUGGAUGCGGCCUUCGACUUUGAAAGCGCAGCCAGCAGCCCGAGCCCACUGAAGACCGACAAUCCAUCCCACCCCAAUCCCCAGAAUUUCCCCAAGUCCCAAAUAUGGAGCCCGUCCAGUACCUCGACCGUACCAGCCACUACCGAGGGAUCGGCAGCAGCAGCUUCGGUUCCCCAAACCGGAUCGCCGUUCUUUGCUUUUGGUGUAAAGGAGGAAUCCCCAUUUUCGGGACAGUUUUCAAAUGGCAUUGGACGAUUGGCUGCUCCCCAUUGGACGGGGCAUUCUCCGUCGUCCCUUUUGGAAGAAAGCUUUGGCGGGAUCAAUAUGAACGGGCAAUCUCCCCUGAAUCAUUCUAUGUCGCCCAACAUGAAUUUUGGCUCGCCUUCGUCGUUUCCCUUCCCGGGCAAUUUCGCCUCGUCGCCAGCGCCGCAUCAAGUGGAUUCAAUUAAUUCAGCUCAACCCAUUCUCACAGUCCACCCAACCUCCCUCAAAUCGCGUGUCGAAACCCAGAUCCCAAUCCGAUUAACGCUCUCUCCGCUGCCGGCCGGCGUGAAGAAGCUGCGCCUCCCCUCGCAUACUAUCUCGAAACUCAAAUUCCUUGCUCCCGCUGAAACCGAACCGACCCCCGACACUCUGAAAUUAUUCACAAGCUUGGUAUGCACCAGUGCAAUGCAAGAUCGUGAAAAGUUGGCGCGCGCUUUUGCCCGCACACGAGGCGAGAGAAGUCAGUCGGGUGCGAAUGGAAUCGAAGAAGAGCGACCUUUGGAUGGCGGUGAUGUGAAAAUUUGUACAGGAUGUAUCCAACGGGAACGCAAGCGCGCGUCUCGGAAAAAGCAACGAAAACCCGAGGAAGACCAGCUUUUCCAAAAGGACGAAGAGAAGCGGGUCAUUGUUUUCAACACCAGUGAGAUCAAGGAGUGGACAGAAUCCCCUAAGAGCGCUUCCGAUUAUGGUGAAAUACACCCUACACCACCGGGAUCGAUGCAAGUGGAGCUUCCAAUGCGUAUUGCUUGUUAUUGUCGUCACCAGAAUGAGAAGCUCGGGUUUCAAGUCAUUUUUACGGUCAAGGAUCAUACAGACAAUGUUGUCGCCCAGGCCAUAACGAAUUCAAUUAUGAUCACAGAUGACCAUAAGACUCAAGCCCCUUCCGCUCCUCCGCCGGCAGGUCCAUCGCCGUCUUUACCAGAUGGGACCCAGCUUCCUGGAGUGGGUGUCUUCUCAUCUGGACAUAAUGGCAAGACCAAUGGUUCUUUUGCCUCUCCGCAAUCCCCGACGGAUCUUCAAGGCCUUCAGCAAAGGUUCAAUUCACAAUAUCAACUUACUCCUAGCUCGUUUGCCGCUGCACAGCUUGGGCCAAGUAGUGUGACCUCCAACUCACAGACUCCUCGCAGUCUCUCUCGACAAGCGUCACCUACCGACUUUCCGGGCCCUCAGACUAAGCGACGAAAGCACAGCAGCUCUGGAAGACUCCCCUCGGAGCUGACCAUGACCCGCCUGGAGACCUCACAACCCUCCAACUCUUCAAUGAGUAGUGCCGCCCAACUCGCGGCUGCACGUGGUUUUGCGUCCCCAACUGAGCGACCAUUUGUGACCCCCUCGUCGAUGUCUGGGCAAUAUGGAAAUGGUCCUCCGACCCCGAACCAGAGCAAUGACAAUAAUCCGUUUUUCAACCCCACCCCUGCACAAAGACAGAGCUUGGACAGUUUGGCUCAACAGCCAAUGGCAUCUGCACCGAAUUCUGCCCAGCCCAGUCGGCCUGGAACCCCUGGUGCGUCCGGCCGCAACAACGGAUUUCAAGAUCAGAAUCUUGCUCUCACGCUUGGAGCUAACUCUGCGAAUCAAAUAUGGCCUCCUCUCGCCGCCACACCCAACCGCCUCCCUUCAGUCAUCCACAAACUGGUUCCUGCCGAGGGCUCAAUUACCGGUGGAACUGAAGUCACACUUUUGGGCAGUGGUUUUUAUCCUGGCAUGGAAGUUGUUUUUGGUGAUACUCUUGCAACCACUACGACAUUCUGGGGUGACAAGUGCCUUAACUGUCUGACCCCUCCGGCACUGCAGCCUGGUCUGGUUUCGGUAGUUUUCAAACAUGAGCAUCCUACCUUUGGUCAAGUACAGCAGACUCAACCUCUGAUGCCCAAGCAGCAACUGUUUUUCCGAUAUGUUGAUGAUCGCGAGCUGCAAAUGUAUCGUCUCGCCUUGAAUAUUUUGGGACAGAAGUUGGGCAGCCAGGCGGAUGCUUUUCAGACAGCGCAGCAGAUCAUGGGAAGCGACCCUAAUGCCAUUUUCAAUAUGCAGAAGGAUAUGCAGGGCGGUUCCGGCGGUGGCCACCAACGCCAAGUACCUGGCCAUGAGUCUCAAGGCAAGCUUAGCGAUCUUGACUCCAAGAUGCUGACCUAUCUCGAGUACAUUGACCUGGACGAUAAUCCUCGACCGCCACGCUAUAACUCGCGCAGCACCACUGGCCAGACUCUCUUGCACUUUGCAGCAUCUCUAGGGUUGACCCGUUUUGUAGCAGGACUUUUGGCUCGCGGUGCAAGCCCUGAUGUACAGGACAACACUGGAAAUGCACCAAUGCACCUAGCUGCUCUUCAUGGUCAUGCUCACAUUGUCAACCGACUCCGUUUGGCUGGCGCAAAUGCCAAUGCUCGCAGUAUUCGUGGCUUUACUGCUGCUGACUUGGCAACAACACUUCCCGCACACCAGGCUGCUCUGUUGCCGUCACGUCAUUACCGGUCUCGCAGCGUUGGUUCUCUCGCCUCGCGCCGCAGACACAGUAGCUCUGCCUCUCUGAACUCUCUCUGGGAGGUGUCAUCAGCUUCGGGCUCUCUUGGACAUGCUGUUGAUGAUUCAGAGGACCUGGAUAACAGUGAGGAUGUGGACAGCGAUGACUCUGAUGCCAACCCACUAUUUUUCAGUUCAUCGCGCCGGUCGAGCAUGCACCAAGAUGUUAUUCCUCCAGUCGUUAAUCCCGGAGAACAACCUGCGGCGCCGGAUGCCCGUGGAUUCUCUCCGCCAGCAGCCAUUGUUGCAUGGCGCAACCAACUGGCUGCACAAAUCAACCAAUUCCAGCAGAGUGUGGCCAACGCUUUCCCUAAUAUCCCCGCUCUACCUCCCAUGCCUACUCUGCCCGACUAUCAAGCCAAUCAAAUGAUGCGUCGCAUCACCAAUCUAGUGCCUCACCGGCCCACGGCUCGGGACGGGUGGUGGGACCUAUUGAAGGGUAACACCGCACCGAGCCAGAAUCAACCGCCUUCUUACGAUGAGCUGUACCCCCACCAGCAGGGACUCGAUGAGGACGCGACCGAGAUGAAGAAGACUGCUCUCUUGCAAGCUGCAACCGAGGCAGCUUUGGAUCAACACUUUGAAGCACAAAACAGUGCUGCAUCUGCCUCAACAUCUGCUGCUGCUGCCCCUAUUACUGAGAGCAGCCCCCUCGCAGACAAGGACGACCUUAAAGAUAUUACUAUUGGACGCAAGGUCAUUUCGCGUGAGCAGCAGAAGCAUCUCCGGGAGCACCAGGCCCGGCGAAUGAAGGGUCUGGGCAGCGACCGGAAUCUCUACUUCUUUUGGAUUCCUCUUCUGGUUCUGGUUAUUUGCGCUUGGAGUCGAAACUAUGUGCCUGGUAUCUGGCAAGGCGUCACGGACAGCUUUGACUUUGUGAAGACUCGCUACACACAGCGGGCUGUGGAUUUGGGUAUCUAG